AUGCCUCUGUUUGAGCUUUUCAGGCUCUCCAAAGCUGCUCAAGACAAUAACACUUCUCCACCCGUAGAUGAAGUUGUUGAGCUAGUUUGGGAAAACGGUCAGAUUUCAACUCAAAGCAGAUCAAGAAACACUCCUCCACAACACUCUGUUCAUCAAGGAACCUCUUCUAGACCUAGAGAGAUCGGAAACAGCUCAAAGACGCCAAUGAUGGACGAGAUCCCUAUGUCAGUACCCUCUCUAAUGACGGGUUUGAGUCAAGACGAUGACUUUGUCCCAUGGCUGAACCAUCAUCAUCACCAUCAUCAAUCUUUAGAUGGAUAUUGCUCUGAGUUCUUGAAUGAUGUGUCUCCCGUUACUGUCAACGAGCAAGAGGAGGAGAAUACGGAGUUGUUUCAUAGAACAAACAAUGACAAUGAAUCAGCUCCUGCUGCUUCUUCAUCGAAGUAUAACGGUUUUCAAUCACAUUCUCUCUAUGGAAGUGAGAGAGCUGGAGAUCCUGUUAGCCAAGAACCAUUAGUCACAACUAACAAGCCUGGUUUGAUCAACUUUUCGCACUUCUUACGCCCCGCUACUUUGGCCAAGAGUCCUAAUAAUGGAUCUAAAGAGAAGAGUCCUCAAAGCCCGGCUAAUGUGUUUCAGACCAGAGUUCUUGGAGCUAAAGACUCGGAAGAUAAGGUUGUUAACGAGUCUGUUGCUUCUGCUAUGCCUAAAGAUAACCAAAAGGCUUGUCUAGUUUCAGAAGACUCUGGUAGAAAAGAGCAGGAGAGUGAGAAGGCUGUUGUGUGUUCUUCUGUUGGGUCUGGUAAUAGUCUUGAUGGUCCAUCUGAAAGUCCUUCACUUUCUGUUAAAAGAAAGCAUUCGGAUGUUCAAGACAUUGACUGUCAUAGUGAAGAUGUUGAAGGAGAAUCAGGAGAUGGAAGAAAAGAAGCAGCUCCAUCUCGAACAGGCACUGGUUCAAAGAGAAGCCGGUCGGCAGAAGUACAUAAUCUGUCUGAAAGGAGAAGGCGUGAUAGGAUUAACGAGAAGAUGCGUGCUCUUCAAGAACUCAUACCAAACUGCAACAAGGUGGACAAAGCUUCGAUGCUAGAUGAAGCAAUCGAGUAUCUCAAGUCACUUCAACUUCAAGUACAGAUCAUGUCUAUGGCUUCUGGUUACUACAUGCCACCGGUUAUGUUCCCACCGAGUAUGAGCCAUUACCCGGCUGCAGCGGCAGCAAUGGCAAUGGGUAUGGGAAUGCCUUAUGCAAUGGGCUUACCUGAUAUGAGCCGUGGCGGUCCCUCGGUUAACCACGGACCACAGUUUCAGGUCCCAGGGAUACAACAAGGGAUGACGAUGCCACGUGUCUCUGGUGGUGGUUUCUUCGCGGGUUCUUCAACGAUGGAGAUGAAUAAGAGUGGGGAUGGUACUAAAGAUGAAACGACGAGAAAGGACAAUAAUAGCUUGAGACCUAUUAAGAGAAAACAGGGGUCUUCUGAUCAGUUUUGUGGUUCGUCGUGACAUAAACACAAACUUAAAGACUGAUACAUUUAUAUAUUAUCAAUAGCAUUUAAACAAAUCAUCUCUAAACCCCAUAAAUAAAUAAGAUUAAAUUAUGUGUUCUGCAAUAAUUAAAGAGCUUUUUGUUGCUUCUGUUCACUAUUAUUCCUUUUUGUAAUUAGAAAUACUUCGGAUUUAAUGUUAUCUUAAAAUGCAGAAUCUGCAGUUGGUAAUAUUAAUAUAUGUUGGG